AGAUCUUUGACAUUAAUUACUAUAUAUUAUUACUACUCUCUACUACUUUUCAACAAUCUAAAUUAAAUUAAUACACUCCGCGGCAUCCAUCUCGCGAUCUGCAGUUGAGCUACGUACACAAUGGAUCACAACCCUAAUCCCUCCAAAGCAGACAGGAAAACCAUCGAGAAAAACCGGAGAAAUCAGAUGAAGACCCUCUGCUCCAGGCUCAGCUCCCUCGUGCCCCAUCAAACCCCUAGGGAAGUUGCUUCGCUGCCGGACCAACUGGAAGGAGCCACCAACUACAUAAAGAAGCUGCAAACUAACAUUGAGAAAAUGAAGCAGAAGAAAAACUGCCUCGUGGGACUGUCUUCUGCAACUGCAAAUUCAAGUGCUAGGUCCAGUUGUUCAAACUCUGGAGGCCUUGUUUUACCCAACGUCGACGUUCGCGUGGUGGGCUCCGCCCUGGAGGUGGCUUUGGUAACUGGACUCAAUUCUCAAUUCAUGUUCACUCAAACGCUCCGACUGCUUCAUGAAGAAGGUGCGGAGGUCCUCAAUGCCAGCUUUUCUGUACUUGAAAAUUCCAUCUUCCAUACUAUACAUUGCCAGAUUGGAGAGCCUGCACAAGGUUAUGGAGCCGCAAGGAUUUCUGAGAGGCUGAGAAAGUAUGUGUACGACGUUAAUUGAUCAUUAUAGUCCAGACAUCUUAUUUGAAAAUCCAUGUGGUGAUGUUUAAUAUAUAUGUAGAUCAUGUGCUAUUUAUUGUUGUCUGACUCAACAUUCUCAUUUCUCAAUAAAUGUAGUGUUUUCCUCA